UAAAAUAAAAUAUUUUAGCUGGAUUAACACUUAAUAAUAUGUAAUGGGCGUUUCUUGGAGAUGUUGUGGAGAUGAAGUCUACAAGGUUUGGACAGUGAUUGGAUUUGGGGCUGAAAGGACAGAUGGGAGCAGGGGCGGACUGACCAUUUGGAAACUCGGGCACUGCCCGAGGGCUUGGGGUCAGUAGGUGGCCCCAUGGGAUGCCCCUGGUAACUUUUUCAUAGGCUUUUUUGAGUUUGGGCAAGGACACAGGGGCCCCAUGAUCAUCUAUUGCCCGGGGGCCCCAUGAGUUGUCAGUCCACCCCUGGAUGGGAGU